AUGGAGAUGCCUUGGAUGGUAGGUGGAAACUUUAAUGUGAUACUUCAUGAAGAUGAAAAGAUUGGUGGUCUCCCAGUGUACCCUCCUGUAUAUGAGGAUUUUGCUUUUUGUAUCAAUUCAAGUGGAUUAUUUGAUUUAGGGUACAACGGGAUUCCAUUCACUUGGUGGAAUGGAAGAUCUAAUGCAGAAUAUAUCUUUAAGAGAUUGGAUAUGAUAUUGUUGAAGAAUGUGACGGCUGCAUUAACCAAAGGGAGUAAAGUCACUUUUGGUGACAUAUUCAAGCAGUUGGCAAUCUUGGAAAACAUAGUAAAGGUGAAGGAGAUGCUGUUUGAGGAGGAGCCAACUAUAGCUAAUAGAAUAGUUUUUCAACAGGCCCAGGCAGAAUUGAAGAAGUAUCUGAGUAUAAAGGAGCAGUAUUGGAAGCAAAAAGUUGGGAUGACUUGGUUUGCUGAGGGUGACAGAAAUACUAGCUUUUUUCAUAAUCAUGUGAAUGGCAAAAGGAAGAAGUUACAAUUGAAGAGGAUUCCUAAUGGAGAUAGAAACUGGAUUGAGGAUCGAGAAUAUGGUAUUGUGCAGAUAUCCAACAUUAGAAGAGGUCACGGGACAGUUGUUGAAUUGAGUGGAGACAGUGCCAAAGGUCCAGAAGGAUUUACUGGAAAUAUUUUAUCAAUACUGUUGGGAGAUUAUUGGUUUUGA